UGCUCGUUGAUGCAAGCCAUGUCCCCGCAAUCAGACGCUCUAUGAAACAAGGCUGAAACUUGGGCUGCGGGUCCGUCAUGAAGUCCCAUGAAAGGUGGACGAAGACCCCAAGAGACGAAGCGGAUGGCCUUGGCGAAGGUGCUUGGCGAAGAGCCUACCCGCAAAGACAUGAAGGCGAUUAUUCUCAGGGCACUUCUAGCACUCACGUUCCUGAAUAUACCAAGUGAAGGCCUCCCGUUCACGCGACGGUAAAACCACUUAUUUACGGGGCUGGCUGCAUCUACACAGAAGAUUUGCACAAUCCGAAGUGCAAAGACAUAUUCACAUGGGACAUAGACACAGGCAUAGUGUCGCCUUUAAGUCUCAAGGUCAACGACACAGUCCGACUCAUCAGUAAAAACAAGACAGUAACUGUAACACUUGAGUUUAAUGGUGCAUCGAGUAUAACGUGGAGCCAAAGAAGAGUAAAUCCGAGCAAAAUGAAAAAGCCGGCGGCUGUAGUGAAACAGGAAUGCAACUUCAGCGCCGAGGCCGAUUUUAAGGGGUAUGUUGCGUACAGACUCGAAGAAGUGAGAGGAGAUAUGCCGAAUUACGAUACUUUUGACAUAGUCAACCUCAAAAACCAUACGAAAGGGCUGGAAGUGCACGGCGAUACGUUAGUUUACAACGUAACUGGUACAUUUCGACACGAGCUGGUGUGCAAAAAUGAGAGGGCUAAACCGCGCGGAAAUAUUAGACGCCCAAUUAAAUAAAUUAAGCAGAGUACUGGGCUAAUUUGUCUUCCGACAUACCAGUAGAACUAUAGCGGAGCAACGAAAAGAAAAAACACUUCAGAAGCCCUUGCCCUAUCGGGAAAAUGGGGGCAAGUGAAGCAUGGCGCGUGCGUGCUUGACGUACUGCUUUUCUUUCUUUCUUUCUUUCUUUCUUUCUUUCUUUCUUUCUUUCUUUCUUCCUUUCUUUCUUUCUCUCUCUCUCUCUCUCUCUCUUCCUUUAUUUUGUUUGUUUUUUUAUUCACGCGAACACCGCAAAGAAGUGACGCUCUUUCGCCUUUUCUUCUCGGUGGUUUGCGUCGUCGAAUUUUCUUGUAAACAUGCACCAACUAUAGCCAAACAGCAAGUUUUACUAAAGUAGCGACAACUGCCUGCCCUCCCGAUCCUCUCUCACGAGCGGCCGGCGUCUGCCGCCAUGUUAUUCCUAACCUAGAUUUACGAAGCCACGCACCUUUCAGUGGACAAUAUGCGGACGCGAAGCGCAUUUCUCCCCCCGCUAAAAUCCCUCGUCACUAGCGAGCGGGACACGCGUCCCCCGCUGCUUCAUCAGGCGAUGUAAGAGCGUUAGGAAGAGCGUGGCUACCUAUAACGAGAGUUACCCAAUGAGAAUCAUCGGCGGCGCUGCAAUGGUUGUCGCUAUUUUGCAAAGAAGAGAAAAAAAGUUUAGGGAUUUCACCUUUACUGAGUCGGACCUAUCCUGUCAUUGUUUGAAGUGCCGCGUUAUGGCUACGCAUGUCCUCGACGAUAACAGGGGCCCAGGACCCCUCCUAGAUCUUGCAUUCCAAUACUGUUUACUUCCCACCUUUUCCCCGCAAAGCUGGGGACCAAAGGCAUGCCACUGUAAGGACGUCGACGCUUCUUUUUCAUUUUUGCUUCCAUUGCAAACCUUUUCUUUCGGGCUUAACCAAUGAGGGGGAUGUUGCGGCGAAACUUGGCUAUUCUACGCACGCCCAUAUGGGCAAGCUGGCGCUCGUUGGUCCCUCUUCUGUCCUUUUAUCAUGUCUUGCCGCGUGAUUUAUAAAAAGAGAAAUGGGAAUUUGUCCGCAAUUUGUGCGCUUCUUGUUUAUUUUUGUAUUAUUACAGCGAAAGCUGUUAUGAGAUCAUUUCACCGGCCGUUUUUGG